ACUCUCUGAACUUGGCCUUUCUUUGGAGACAAGUUCUGUGUUAGAGAUAAAAACAUGGUUGGUGUUUGAUAGAUGGUACCAGAUAUUGAAUGGGGAAAGAAUGUUCGUAUAGUGUUGGACAUUGGAUGCUCAGAUUCAAGUUUUGUAGCUGCAUUGCUGGAUAAGGAUGUUUUGACAGUGUCUCUAGGCUUAAAGGACGAUCUAGUCGACUUAGCACAGGUCGCCCUUGAGCGCGGGUUUCCUACUUUAGUCAGCUCUUUAGCAAGUAGAAGGCUUCCUUUUCCUAGUGGAGUCUUUGAUACCAUUCAUUGUGCUGCUUGCGGAAUCCACUGGCAUUCUCAUGGUGGUAAACUUCUUCUGGAGAUGAACAGGAUUUUAAGGCCUAAUGGAUACUUCAUUUUGUCAACGAUGACCGCAUUGACAGCUUCUAUUUGUUGGAAUAUUCUUGCACACAAAACCGAAGAAGCAAGUGAAAUGGGAGACAACGAAAACCCAGAUGCAGCCUGGUAUGUGCCGAUGAAAACUUGUAUACAUGAAAUACCGUCGGCUAUAGAACAGCACGGAGCAGAGUGGCCUGAAGAAUGGCCAAAGAGACUUGAAACAUACCCUGAGUGGUUAACCAGCAAAGACAAAGCCAUUGAAGAUACAAAUCAUUGGAAUGCUAUGGUAAACAAAUCUUACCUCACUGGAUUAGGCAUCGACUGGUUGCACAUCCGGAAUGUGAUGGUCAUGACAGCUAUCUAUGGCGGGUAUGGAAAAAAGGAGAAUUCUCUAUUGUUGCUCAUAGAAGAUAUUUUGUAUUUGUGCCUGUUCAUUCACCAGAUACGCUUCCCAUUCAUAUACGAAAGAGGUCUCCUCGGUAUAUACCAUGAUUGGUGUGAACCAUUUGGAACAUAUCCAAGAUCAUAUGACCUUCUUCUUGCUGAUCAUCUCUUUUCGCGGCUCAAGAACAGGUGUAAGCAACCAGCUUCGAUCGUGGUAGAGAUGGAUAGAUUGACAAGGCCUGGAGGUUGGGUGGUUGUGCGUGACAAAGUGGAGAUAUUAGAGCCAUUGGAAGAGAUAUUAAGAAGCUUGCAUUGGGAGAUUCGAAUGACUUAUGCUCAAGACAAAGAAGGAAUGUUAUGAUUUAUCAAAAUCAUCCAUCAAUUCUCGUCGAAACCGAUAUCCUCAACCCUAAAUUUGUCAGUCUCGACUUCCUCUCGAUCCGAAGAGAUUUCUGUGGCUAUUGCCAUGUCAUUGUCAAGUGAGCGAAGACGCGAAUAUAAUAGGAUGUUCCAGGUCGUCCAUGAUCCCGACCUUAGUUAUGACGAUUUUAGCAGGGGAUAUCUUUUAAACCAUCUAUGUGAGCUACAGCGUUAUUACCAGGAUACCGUCAAAAUUAAUUCGAUUGCGGGGAAGGGCAUCAACGACAACAACAUCAAUCUCCUCCAGGCAGUUGGAAAGAUCUUUAAGAAGAAUCCUUCUACCACUGUCAAAGUCAGUUUCCUGGUGUCUUACCCUCGCCAUCGUCCUUGUGUUAUCGUGGAACCCUCAGAGAAUGUGAUCAUAAACAACAAAAGUAACAAAAGUGUCCUUGAUCUUAAUGGUGAAGUCUCUGACUCUCUCCCUUAUCUCCUCGAUUGGGAUUUCCAUAGGUCUAAUGUCCUAUCACUCCUCUUGAAUCUCGUCCACGCAAUCAGUGUUCCAGACCAAUUUUUAGACCUUACUUUCAAUAAAGUUUUGUCUUAUCAUCAGGCCAAGUUGGCAAGACUCCUAGUCGCCAAUGGAAGGGAGGAUCUUUACAACAUGAUUGCACGUCUCCCAAAAGAUGAACAAAAAAAAGCUUUUUUCGAUGCGAUUAUUGCUCGAUAUCGACCAAAUAAGGAUUUAGCUACACACAUCCAGACUAAAAAAGAUGGUAUAAAUGGGUUCAUCAAGAUUGCGGAAAGCGCUUUCCUCGAGACCUUCCCUGCUUCAAAAGAAACCGUUGUUGGUGGGGCCUCAUCUUCGACGCUUGGGUUACCGCCUGCUCUGGGUUUUCCGCUAGACCCCGGGCAUCUCUCCAGACGGCUCUUUCACAACCUUCCUUACGAUGACAAGGACUGUAUCCAACAACAUUUCUCCAGCCUUUUCACUCACAGCCUUCCUUACGAUGACAAGAACUGUAUCGAACGACAUCUCUCUGAGCUAUUCCGUGAUUACCCUGUGCUAAAGGCCAAGACAAGAAAUGUAGAUUGCGAAGGCUCGAAGGUGAAUUUCAUCGUGGUAGAGGGACCCAUCCUGUUUCGUUCUGACGUACCUAUAGACAUCAAGUUUCCCUUUGAUGUCAAGGAAAAAAGAGUCGAUGUCACUAUCUGGCUCCGCAAAUCUUACCCUAUUGAUCGUCCCCGCGUCUAUGUGAAAUGCCCCCAUGAUAUGCAGGUCGACAGAAACUUUGUAAAUGUCCUGCCCACUGGUGCUGUCCAUUUUUCUUAUCUCCAGGAGUGGGUUAGAGGCCGAUCCAGCCUCAUAGGACUCGUCUCGCAUCUCAUCGCCGAAUUUAGCUGUCAAUCGCCCAACUUAGUUUACGCCAAACACCGCCCAAGUUCGUCUUGUGAUGAUCAGGGAAGUUCUCGGGUUCUUUUGCAUGGCUCCUCACGAAGAAAACUUAACCCGUUGAUGACAAAAGUUUCGCAGGCUGGCUCGGCAACUUGUGAUGGGAAGAGUGAAUACCAAGUUCUUGACGCUGGACAGUCCCUUGGUCAAGGCUAUCUAGAUGUUCAAGAUACCGAAGGAGCACAGUAUGGGUCUUCUACUACAGAAUCGUCCUCUGUCAAUGAACAGGCUGUGGAUCGGUCAGAGAAUAACUUUCAAGACAUAUCUUCACAGUUCCGUGAUGCGCUAAAUCUAGAUUCUUCCCAUACCCCAAAUCAGAAACCUAAGGUACUCAUACAUAUCAUCUGACCAUAUUUCUUGGCGUGUAGAGCAUUGUUGACUAUUGGGGGUAAUGUUGCUAAAUGUGUAUUUGGUAUCUCUCCCCAGGACUGAGGAGGCUAAUAAUGGUCAGGUUUCACC